AUGAAGUUAAUUUCCUCAAUACCGCCAUAUGAGAGAAGCAUCAAGCACCAGACGACCAAGCGGUCUCCAAACAAAGUAAUAACAUCAGAGCAACACCAAAAUGGCCGCGAUAGCGCCACCGAUCCGACACAGGGCCGACAGAAAGACAGUGAAGCUGUCUCUGUCUUCCUCGUGCGCCGGAAAGAGAGCGUGGAUCGGAGAAUGGACCUCCGUUCGGACGACCUGAUCUGGAAGGGGCAUCGUCACGCCGCCCUCGGGUCUAUACUGUCGCGU